CAUCGCUCAUUAGCCUGGCGACGCCUGUGCCCGCCGCCAGAAGGAGGGCCGGACCAGCUUGUGGAGAAGCGUCGAGGCGUCGAUACAUUGCAGAUGAACUCAGCGCAAUAAGCGUUAUUUUGCAGUUGCUUGUAGGCAGGCAGACGUGUGCAUCUUGGGAUCUUUCUUGUUGUGGAGUACAGGAUCAGAAGCAGCCAAUGUUUCCGGUCAGGCAGCCUUGGCUUUGCAAAGCCUUAGGUUGUUAUGAUUGCUGUAUCCGGUGCUUGGGGGCAGUGCCCUACCCAUCUCUGGUGGCCACCUUGCUGUUCUAUGCAGGAGUGGCUCUAUUUUGUGGAUGUGGGCACGAAGCCUUAAGCCAGACCGAAGUCCUGGUCGAGACGUACUUCGCCCGUAAUGAGCAGGACUAUGAGGUCCUGGCCUCCUUUGUCCAAUACUCCCAGUAUGUCAUCUACGGCCUGGCGUCAUUCUUCUUCCUCUUUGGUAUCCUGCUGCUGGCUGAAGGCUUUUACACGACGAGCGCAGUCAAGCAGACCUUCGGGGAAUUCAGGAGCACCCAAUGUGGGCGGUGCCUCAGCCUGACGUUUAUCAUUGUGACGUACAUCUUGGCCUUCAUCUGGCUGGCCGUGUUUGCCUUCACCGCUAUUCCUGUCUACUUCUUGUUCAACAUGGAGCAGACCUGCCAUGACAUCAACAUCUUGGCUGAAACAACCCCCAGCAUAAAUCAGCAUGCAUGGAUUUGCAUGGACGCCAGGCAAUAUGGGUUGCUUCCUUGGAAUGCAAUGCCAGGCAAGGCCUGUGGAAUGACCUUGGCAUCGAUUUGCAAAACCAGCGAAUUUCACCUCACCUAUGACCUGUACAUUGCUGCAUUCGCUGGAGCUGGAAUCACUCUCUUAGCACUGUUUGUGUAUUUGGUCGCCGCCACCUACAACUAUGCGGUUUUGCGAUUCCUGGGCAGGAAAGGGGUACGCUAAGUGCAGCAGCCCCAACCCAGUCAACGGCGUCCUCCGGUUGUGAGAUGGACAGUCAACCACAUGCGAUACUAGAUGUCAUUUACCCUCAUCGGAACAGCCAACCCGGAUCGCCCGCUCGUAUUUCUCUCGGCGGCCUCCGAUAAUAUUUCUCACCACUGUGUCUUAGUAUGAGCAACAGACGGAGAGAUGAAGACUCCUGUUCUCUCAGAUGAUUCUCCCAGCUUUGUUGUUCAUUUCCCUCACGUACGUGUGAUCCCCUGUUUGGCCGUUUUUGUGUAUAGCUUCAUUAGUUGUGAUGCGUGGCAUUUGAGGAAUAACAAAGAGCGGUGACAGCUCUCAAAGCCUAACUUGCAUGCACGCCUUUCGGUGCUUACUGAUGCAUGCAUUACAUCUCGGAAACGCCUCAGCUGCUGUCUUAUUGUCACCUUUGUGGGUUUUCAAACUGAAUGUACCAAAGUUGUCUGCACCUCUGGAGGGUUGUGUUGCUCACUGUCGCUCACAUAUCUGCUUUGUUGAAACACCACUGUGUGGGGGGAAACAAAGCCAUAUACUGUAUGCACUACGGGGGUUAAUGCCUCGAUUUUUUUUUACGCUAACCCGCCAUCAGAUAACUCACGUUUAAUAUGUCCGCCUGCUACUCAUUGAGCUUUGUCAUGUGUGGCCAGUUGAAAUGGAAACUUGACAUUUUAACGUUGUGAUUUUGUCGUAACUAUGAAUGACAUGUUUUUAAUAAAAAUGUGGUUAAUCAA